UCCCAAACUGCAAACGCUCACCUCUGUUCGGAAUCUGUGUUUCAACACACAGAAAGCAUAGCUUGAACCACUGAUCGACUGCGAUGAUCUCAAUCACUUCUGCUGAGCUUAACUACCUCAUCUUCCGCUAUCUUCACGAAUCAGGUUUUACCCAUUCAGCAUUUGCUCUUGGCUAUGAGGCAGGGAUUGAUAAAAGCAGAAUUGAUGGUAAUUUAGUCCCACCAGGUGCUCUUGUAACAUUCAUACAGAAAGGAAUUCAAUAUAUUGAGCUGGAGGCGAACUUGAGUGGUAGUGAUGCAGACACAGAUGACGAUUUCUCAUUUCUACAACCUCUUGACCUUAUUACAAAGGAUCCAAAAGAACUACACAAUAUGGUCAAAGCCAAAAGGGAAAAUCUACGUCAGCAUAUGCUUGAAGCAAAUAAGAAGGCGAAUGAUUUCAGUCAAGACACUGCAAGUGAACAAGCUCGGGAAAUGGGCAAAGAGAGCAAGGAAAGGGAAAAUGAACAUGAAAUUGAUAAAACAAACCUAGAAAAAGAAGCAGAACAAGAAAAGGGUGAAUAUAAAGAAAUACAGCAUUCAGAUCAAAAUGAUGCGGCGAGGGAUGAAGAUAAGAUUGUAGCUGAAAAUAUAGAAAAUGGAACCUGUGGAGGACCUGAGCCAAUGGAGAUCUCCCAAAGCUUCACAGUUUUGCCUAGUGAGAUUCCAACUUGUGAAGUAAAAAUUUUGGAAGGUCAUACCUCUGAGGUUUUCGCUUGUGCAUGGAAUCCAUCAGGCUCGCUUCUUGCAUCUGGAUCUGGAGAUUCGACAGCUCGGAUUUGGAAAAUUACAGAAGGACCUAUUAACACUAGCGUACAGAAUGAACCAAUAAAUGUUGUGGUGCUAAGGCACUUUAAAGGAAGGACUAGUGAGAAAAGCAAGGAUGUGACGACACUUGACUGGAAUGGGGAUGGGACAUUACUGGCAACUGGUUCUUAUGAUGGUCAGGCAAGAAUAUGGAGUAGAGAUGGAGACUUGAAGAGCACAUUAAACAAGCAUAAAGGUCCAAUCUUCUCUUUGAAAUGGAAUAAGAAGGGGGAUUAUCUUCUUAGCGGCAGCGUUGAUAAAACUGCUAUUGUAUGGGAUAUAAAGACUGGGGAAUGGAAACAACAAUUUGAAUUUCACUCUGCACCCACUCUUGAUGUAGAUUGGCGAAACAAUGUUUCGUUUGCAACAUGUUCCACAGAUAACAUGAUAUAUGUUUGCAAAAUUGGAGAGAAUCGGCCCAUCAAAACUUUCUCGGGGCAUCAGGGUGAAGUUAAUGCUAUCAAAUGGGAUCCAACAGGCUCUUUUCUGGCUUCUUGCUCAGAUGAUCACACUGCCAAAAUUUGGAGUCUGAAGCAGGACAAGUAUUUACAUGAUUUGAAGGAACAUGUUAAGGAGAUAUAUACCCUUCGGUGGAGUCCUACUGGCCCCGCUACAUGCAAUCCCAAUCAGCCAUUAGUUCUAGCAAGUGCCUCUUUUGACUCUACGAUAAAGUUGUGGGAUGUGGAUCUGGGAAAAGUACUCUGCAGCUUAAAUGGUCAUAGGGAUCCUGUGUAUUCCAUUGCAUUCAGCCCAAAUGGUGAAUAUUUGGCAAGUGGCUCCAUGGAUAAAUGCAUGCAUAUAUGGUCUUUGAAGGAGGGGAAAAUUGUGAAAACAUAUACAGGAAACGGUGGGAUCUUUGAAGUGAGUUGGAACAAAGAUGGCGAUAAAGUUGCUGCUUGUUUUUCAAACAACAUAGUGUGUGUCUUGGAUUUCCGAAUGUAGUGCCCAGCUAUUUAUCAUUUAAUUAUUACUACUUAUAGCUUCUGCACAGCGCCAUUGGCAACAUUAUUAUUACUGGCCUUUGCCUUUCUGCUUGCGCUCGCCCAGGUCAUUGGCAAGGAGAGAUGGAAAUGGAAGAUGACACCCUCCGGAAAUUGGCAUAGCCGCACUGGACACAGCGCUUAGAGUUAUUGUGCUGGGUGGUACGUGGCGAAGAUGCAUGCUUGUUCUAGGUUUGAGCUACCUUGUGGGAAAUUAAUCCAAUGCCUGAAAUUUCUUACUGUUCUGUAACACGUAUUCCCUAUCAAUAUCAUUCCAAAUAUGAGUAGGUGCAUAUGUUUAGCCGAAAUCAUUCUUAUUAAUGUUUAACUGGCUAUGCAUAUGCAUGAUAAUGUGUAAGUUAAUUCCUUUUAAUCACUGUAUUAUCUUAAAAUCACCAAGGCUUCUCAACAAGAGAACAAUUUGAAAUUUGUUUGUAAAACUUAUGUAAUAAUGAAUUGGAGGCUUAUCUCUUCAUUUA